GUCACCGUUGAGCCAGUCUGACGCCAGGCGCCGCGAAGCUAUGACGUCACUGGUUCGCGCUUUGCCGACGUACUUGCUUUUCUCGCCAACAACGAUAUUUUGAUGAGAAAAAUCAAACGAUAGUAAGGACAAGAUCGUUCAAUUUUGUAAGUGAAUUAUUUGGUACGAUUGUUUCUCGUGAUCGUUCUUGAAAGAGAAAUAAGAAAGGAAGAUAAAGAAAAAGACAAAAAAAAGAAAAUAGAAAGAGAGAAUCCUCGAGGACAAUCGAUUCGUCGAAAUCGAAAUAGCGAGAUUCGAUGAGGAUCAAACUGGAACGAGAUUAUAUCGGUAAAGCUCUACGUAUAAGGAAUUCGACUGGCUUUCCAGCAAACUUCUACAGACGUCUCUCGAGGAUCGGCUCAAGUGCGAGAUCGCAACGUGAAAUUAUUAAGAAGUCAUUUGGAAUUCGUACGAAUGUUCUCAUCGACGAGCUAAAGUUUCUAUAUAUUCAAAUUGACAUACUUUCGAAAAUUUUUGUCUAAAACUUUUUAAGAAUAGAGGUAGAGUAAGUUUUUGUUUUGUAGUAAUAAUAAACGACAAAAAAAAAAAAAAAAAAAAAAGAAAAGAAAAAAAAGAAGAAAAAAAAUUGAAUAGAUCGUAAGAAAGUGUUCGAUUAUAAAUUCGAAACAAGUGAAAACGUAACUCGAUUCGAAAUAUUUCGAUUGGAGAUGUAAUCAAUCACUAAGAAUUGUCUCGAAAGACUUCACUCGAUCGAGAGUGAAUCGAAAGGAAAGAAAAAAAAAACAAAGUGAUUUGGAGAUAAGAACGUGUCGAAGGAUAAAAUUAAAUCUCUCGAGUCGAUUUUUUUCAAGUACGUCUUCUCUCGUCUCCUCGAAUUCGUCUAAUAUAGUCGAGCAGCGAUGCACGGUGAACGGUGAGAGUUAUUUCUCCGAGAACGAGAAAACAUAUUUACGUUGUUCGGAUAUUCGUCGAGGGAGAAAAGUUUUUCGUCGAAGGAGAUAAAAAGAAAAGAAAUAAAAAGAAGAAGACGACGAAGGGAGUCGACGAAAAUGGGCAAGAAAAAUAGCAAGCUCAAGCAGGAUACCAUCGAUCGACUUACCACCAAUACUUAUUUCACCGAGAAGGAGAUUCGGCAGUGGCACAAAGGAUUUCUCAAGGAUUGUCCAGACGGUCUAUUAACUGAAGAGGGUUUUAUUAAGAUCUAUAAGCAGUUCUUUCCCCAAGGUGAUCCUUCCAAGUUUGCCUCGCUAGUCUUCAGGGUAUUCGAUGAGAACAGCGAUGGCACGAUAGAAUUUGAAGAAUUCAUAAGAGCUCUCUCUGUUACGUCACGAGGAAAAUUGGACGAGAAGCUGCAUUGGGCUUUUCGAUUGUACGACGUUGACGACGACGGUUUUAUCACGAGAGAGGAAAUGUAUGAUAUCGUCGAUGCGAUAUAUCAAAUGGUGGGACAACAACCACAAGCAGAAGACGAGAACACGCCGCAGAAAAGGGUGGACAAAAUAUUCGAUCAAAUGGACAAGAAUCACGACAAUAAGCUUACCCUUGAAGAAUUUCGAGAGGGUAGCAAAGCGGACCCACGAAUCGUCCAAGCUUUAUCAUUGGGCGGCGAGUAACCGUUCGCUAAAAGUUAUUACCAGGAACGACAGACGAGAUCCUUCGAUCUUCUAUUCGUGUCGAGAGAUUACGUCGUCGUCGAUUUGAUUUAUCCAAAUCCGUGGAAAGGAAGAGCGGAGACGAGAGAAUAUAGCGUCGUCGCGCAUCACGGGGGAAGAUAAUCGAAAUGAAAAGAAGAAAAAAAUAAGAGAAGAAUAUCGAGGGAAAGGUAAAAAAAAAAAAAAAAAGAAAAAAAAGAAAAAAAAAAGAAAAAAGGGACGGAAAGAGAAAGAAGAAGACAAAAACAAAAAAAAAAAGUAAUACGAAGAAGAAAUGAGAUGGAGUGCCCAAAAGAUAUUUAUCAACGAU